AUGUCUGCCGCAAUUUCCUAUGCGAACAUCGCUGCUGGAUCAUCAUCCGCUUCAACUCCUCCUCCACCAUCAACUGCCGACUUUAUGGCUGCUUCUGCUGAUUCCACCAAGGUUGAAGAAGCUAGCAAGGCUGACAAUAGCUCUUCAGAAUCGGAAUCUAUUGAUUCUGGGAAGGCUGCUGCCAACACUAGUGGGUCUACCACUGCCCCUAAUGCCGAAAAGGAAAAGAAGAAAUCUGCCAAGAAGGCUCAACUAAAUCUUGCACCUGCUCCAGUCCCAACCAUCAGUGCAUGGGGAUCUAAAUCAGCUACGGUAAUUGACCAAGAGACAUCUCCACUUGCUCAAAGUAUCCAAAAAUCAGAAGAAUCAACUUCUUCUAUCAAGAAACCAGUUGCCAAAAGCAGUGGUAAAGAAAAAUGGGUCCCAUACGAAGCCAGUGUUGUGAUAUCGUCAUCUACCAAUAAAUCAAAUAAAGCCCACAACAAAAGAUCUAAUAGAAAGAAACCAAGUGCCAACAGUAGUGUGGCUAAUGGUGACGGGAAAUCAACUAAGAAUGUUUCAAAAGCUGCUAAACGCAAGGUGAGCAGCGAAAAGAAAGAAGAUGCUGCCUCUACAAAGUCAGUUGAAAAAGAUUCCAAACAACAAGCUAGUGCUCUUCCUGAGUCUACUGGCACUGCCGCAAAAUCCGCUAAUGAAUCUGAGCAAGUGGAAGAGUCUGCUGAAGAAAACUCUUCAAAAGCUGAAGAAACUUCCGCCGAAAAUAAUUCUGAUUCUAAUGCAUCUAGUACACAAUCCUCUAACAAGCCAGAAACCAAGCACAAUGGCAAUGAAAAAAAUAGUCAUCGUGACCACCAUCAUCACCACCAUCACCACCACUAUAACAAUAACCAAUAUUAUGGUAGAAAUGCUCGUUAUGUCAGAGCUAAUUACACUCCAUACAGAGGAGGUAAGCAGCAUGGUAAUAAACAUUACUAUAACAACAAUUAUGCCAACGGUGAUUUCAAGCAUAGCAACGGUAACGGUGCCGCUCCUUCUAGUUCUGGUAGCAAUGGGGCAGCUAAUCCUGCUUCCACCAAUGGGUUUGUUCCAUUCAAACAGCAACAACACAUGCAAUUUGUCCCAACCUUUGUUCCUCAAGGAAAUUUCAAACAAAUGCCUCCUAAUCCAUACGUUCCUUACUAUUCAUACCCGGGUGAUUUUUACAACCCGGAGCUUAAUGGUAUGAUGCCUGGAAUGCCAGUGAAUCCAAAGAUGAAGAACUUCAAUCAACAACGGUACUUCAAUCAACCAUCCACAAAUGGUAAUGCAUUACCAAAUGGUGGCUCUUUUGCUGGUCAACAAUUACAAGCAGUUAUUAACCAACUCAGCUACUAUUUCUCCGUGGAAAACUUGGUCAAGGACAUUUAUCUUAGGAAACAAAUGAACUCUGAAGGUUACUUGCCAAUUUCUGUUGUUGCUAAUUUUUACCGUGUUCAAACUUUGAGUGGUGGCAAUUAUGAUUUGGUUGUUGAAGCUUUUGGCCAACUCGAGAAAGUUGAAGUCAUUGGUGAUAAAGUAAGAAUGAAGGAAGGUUAUCAACAAUGGAUUUUCCCUGAAAAUGAAAGAGACGAAAAUGGCAAGGAUGAAGAAGUAAGUGAUAGUGUUGUUGAACAGAAUGUCGAUGCUGUUGUCAAGGGUGUUGAGAAACUCGAGGUAUAA